UUAUUUAAAUAAUUUUUUAAAUCAAAAUUGAAGUUAUUUUAUGUUGAUAAUCUGAAACGUCAAACGAGAAUGAACAAGUGUGUAAAUUAUAAAAAAAUAAAAAUCAGUGGUUAAAGUUUGAAUUCUGACGCCAUGAUUAAUAUUUAUCUAUAAAAGCUAUAGAUUUGUAAAUAUCCAAAAGCGCAUGAGCAAUUAUCAACAUACACUACAUACAGGUUUAUUCCAAGUUAUUCCAAGCGGAUGAUGCUCCAAAACGGAGUGGCAAGUUUGCCUCUCGAAGAAGUUAUCUGAAAUCUAUUUUCAUUUUGUGUUACUAUUUUAUUUAGGACCUAGUGAAGGUCUUACAUUUAAGUGAACAAGACACCCAAGUUUUCUGGUGAAAACUUUUAUCAUCCAGCCUAGCGAUUUUUAUUCACUGCUUUUAUGUAAAUAUUAAAAAAAAAAAAAAAAAAAACAUUAAUUGUCGAGAUGUUUCAAAUAUGUGGGGAAGGAGUGAUUUUGUUGAACAACAACUCCACCGCGUCGAGAAUUUGCUCCAUGUCCGACGAGGGACGUGUCAUGAGUUCAGAAGCUCUCAAAGAUGACGAGUUAUUUGAGAUCAGGAUUGAUAAAAAGAUACGAUCUCGAUACGGAAAGAUUGAAAUAGGAGUAUGUACAAAUGACCCGGAGACAAUGAGGACAGUGGGUUGGACACCUAGUUUGCAAAUCUGGAUGAUGACAAAUGCUGGGAUUAUACACACGACUAAUGAUUUGAAGGAGCAUCUUAUUUCAGAACCUACUUACGGAAGUACACUUGAUACUUUGGAAGAGGGACACACUCUUGGAGUAAUGAGAACGUCUAAUAGCGAGCUGAUAUUUUUUAUCAACGGAGUAUCUCAAGGACUAGCAGCAACAAAUGUACCAACCCGUUUGUACACCGUAGUUGCAAUGUUCUUCGACUUUGUCCAAGUAACUAUAACAAACCCAAAGCCAUUACUUUUAACAAAUGAGCCGAAAGACGAGAUGGAGAUCAACAAUGAUUUUUCAAUGGGCGAAGGAACGUCUACGAGUAUGGUCGCUAAUUUAAAUGUCAAUCUUAAUGUCAAUAUGAACGUAAAUUUACCGAAAAAUCCGAGCCCAGCUGCCAUCCGUGAGGACCGUCUGAGAUUUCACGAGCGCGUUGGAUCUUUGGUAAAAUUAUCAAACAACGCUCGGACCGCUGAAAGACGCAGGCCAUUAGAUGAGUUCAACAACGGAGUGGUGAUGACUCACAGGCCGCUGAGAGACAAUGAGCUGUUUGAAAUCCGUAUUGACAGAUUGGUGGACAAGUGGUCGGGCAGCAUUGAAGUCGGCGUAACCACCCACAGUCCAACGGGGCUUAAAUUUCCAGCGACCAUGACGAAUAUGCGGUCGGGCACUACGAUGAUGUCCGGCUGCGGGAUUCUAACCAACGGAAAGGGAAUUCAAAGAGAGUACGGAGAUAUUAAUUUAGAUGAGCUACGAGAAGGCGACAGAGUUGGAAUGAUUAGAAGGUGCAAUGGUAAUUUACAUUAUUUAAUAAAUGGUCUGGACCAAGGUGUAGCUGCUAAAGUACCCCCUGGGAUCUGGGGAGUCGUCGAGCUUUACGGGAUGACUGUAAAAGUAACAAUUGUUGAUCGGGACGAGCGCGAAGAACAAAAUCUUGUUACUCGGAGGAAUAAUUUACAUUUGCAGGGAUUAACAGAAGUUGAAGAAGAGGAGACUCUUGACCGGUUGACCUUUCAUCCGUGCUGUGGCACUCACGCGGAUGUAAUAAACAAUGGGCGUACUGCACACCGGCCUAAUGCUAUGGACGACUUCAAUAAUGGUGUGGUACUUACAAUGAGACCAUUGAGACCGAACGAAUUGUUUGAAGUGAGGCUGGAUAAAAUAGUUACCAAGUGGGCGGGCUCUAUUGAGAUUGGUGUGACCACACACUCACCGACUGAACUUGAAUUUCCGUUUACGAUGACCAAUGUACGCUCUGGCACGUGGAUCAUGACUGGCAAUGGAGUUAUGCACAACGGAACGUCUAUUAUUGAUCAGUAUGGCCAGAAUCUUGAUCGCCUCCAAGUUGGUGAUCGUGUUGGAGUCAUGAGAAAGGACACUGGGACGCUGCAUUUUUUUGUUAAUGGCACGGACCAGGGGGCUGCUGCUGUUGGUGUCCCGGAAAGAGUCUACGGGGUUAUUGAUUUGUAUGGCCAAGCUACUCAGGCUACUAUUGUUGAUAACACUGAUUUUUACAGUCCUACUACUAAUAAUUCUAGUUUUAGCAACACGACUUUGUAUAGCGAUUUACGAUUUCAUCAUGUACAUGGCAAGCACGCGAGGAUUUCAAAUAAUGGACUGACAGCCUCGAGAAUACGAGCUUUGGGGGAAUUUAAUGAGGCUAUCGUGAUCGCUAAUCGACCUUUACGUGAUGGAGAACUUUUUGAAGUUUCUAUUGACAAAAUGGUUGGACGGUGGUCUGGUGCUAUCGAAGCUGGCGUGACAGCAAUAAGACCAGACGAAUUAGAAUUCCCAUCAACAAUGACCGACAUAGACCACGACACAUGGAUGUUAUCAGGCUCAACAGUGAUGCGAGACGGCGUGACUCUUCGCCACCAUUAUUCCUGCGAUCUAGAUAAGCUCGUCGAAGGAAAUAGGAUCGGUAUGAUGCGAUGUGCAGACUCAAGCCUCCACUAUUACCUCGACGGAGUCGACCAAGGUACUGCGUGCAGUGGUCUUCCGCCUCACGUCUACCCAGUGAUUGAUUUGUAUGCGCAGUGCGCUCAGGUCACCAUUGUUCAGCCGGAGCGACGGGAUACGAUAACCCAGCAGUACUUGCCGUCGGAGAACAGUAUCAGUCAGCAACCGACCUCGGUGAUACAACCGCAAGCUCCCAUGGAGAUCACUCACAAGUUCCACGAGUCAGUGGGGCUCAAUAUUCAACUGAACACAGAUCGAGUUAUCGCUGCGCGUUGUCGCGAGUACAAUAAUGCCGUUUUAUUGAGUGAGAGUGGCCUCGAAAACAAUGAACUGUUUGAAAUAGCCAUUCAAGAAGUAGCUUGCGAAUGGAGUGGCUCGCUAAAAAUAGGAGUUGUAGAAAAUCCAAAUGGAAAUUGGCUGACCUCGAUGGACUUAGUUCCAGGAAUGACUUCAAUUCCAAUAGACGCUUGGUACCUAACCGGGAAUGAAGUCAGGUACAAGGGCAAUGUUCUCAGCUCUAAUUACUGUCCCAGUUUGGACUGGCUAAGAGUCGGUGAUAAAGUAGGUGUAAAAAGGAGCCACGAGGGCAAUUUAAAAUUUUACAUCAACGGAGAAGACAUGGGAGUUGCUGCAGUUAAUGUUCCUGAGAUGGUUUGGGUGGUAGUUGAACUAUUUGGAAGCACAGUAGCUGUUAGUAUCACCAGCAGCAAGCAGCAGCUUCCAGCAAUUUCUCCUAAUGCCAGUUUAAGACUGCAAGACUCGCUGGAACUUCUGCUGGACCCAAUACCACUAACUAUGAGAAACGACGGAGGAAUGGACACGUCAAUCGACGCUUCAGAAGCUAAACUCCAGGAAAUUAUUCUAACUCCUACCCAACCGAUUGUCACCUCUACCGGUGAGACGGACUGGUGUUACGAAUUUCACGAGAAUCAUGGAAGAAAUGUUGAACUAGAAGGUCAAACUGUAGCUCGUAGAGUCGCUAGUUACAAUCAAGGCGUUGUGAUGACCAACCGGCCGUUAAUAAAGGGGAAAAUAUUUCAAGUGGAAAUUGAGAAAGUUAACGACCGUUGGGUGUCUGGGAUUCUAUGUGGCGUAACUUGUAUCUCGCCUGAGAAAGCUUCGUUUCCUUUGACGGCUUUGGGGUUCAAAAAAUACUCGUGGAUUAUUUGCAGUGACUGGAUGUCUCACAACGGCACUAAAGUUAAGACUCGCUACGGUGGAAAUUUGGAAAGUGUUCAAGCUGGCUCGACUGUAGGCUUGCUAAUUGAUGAAGAUUCAAGAUUGCAUCUUUAUGUUAAUGGAUCUGAUCAAGGAGUAGCAGCUACUGAUCUUCCGCCGUAUGUUUACGGAGUUAUUGAUCUUUAUGGCCAGGUUGAACAAGUUUCGAUAAUUGGUCCUGUUGCUGAAGCUGUUCUUACUAACAACGACGCUAUUAAUUUGGCGAUUGCCAAUAAUGUUGAGCGUGUUAGUGAUGAAAUUGAGGACGUUGAAAAUUCCAGAGAAAAAGCUGACCUAGAGUGUCAUGAGAAGGAAAAUGUCCUUGAAAUUCCGUCCAGUCUACCUUUAAAUAUUCAGGUUGUUCAAGAUGAAUUGACCAACUUCAACGCCAUACAGACAACUUCAUCCCGGGGGAAUUUGUUAGAAAAUGCUACUGCUAAUAUAGCCGCCCCUUCAACUGCAUCAAUUGAUAAUAUUGCGCAUUUUAAUAAUGAUCUACCUGGCAAGUCGAUGACCAGCAGCUGUAAUUCUGACAGCAAUAAUUCAACAAGUGAAUUGGAAAUUACUAAUGAACCAUCACUUGUUAAUACUGCUGCUGCUGGUGCUGCUGUUGCUGGUCUAGAGUGUUUUAAAUUUAAAAAUAAUAUUAAUCAUCCAGAUGAUUCGUAUGACAAUAAUACUAUGUCUAACAACGAUUUGGAUAAUGAUAAUGAUAAUCAAGAUGAACAAGUUUCUAAUGGCAUGAUGAUGAGCGGCUUGAGAAAUAAUGACUGUACAAAUGUAGAGAUAAACAAUGCAACGAAUAUAAAUAUUAAAAAUGGUUCAGCUGCUACGUCUAGCAAUAUGUCUAGCUUAAAUACUGCUAUUAAUUCUAUGAAUGCCAACAAUGCAAUUAAUGAAAGUAUCGCGUCUAACGGCCAAUUAAAUAAUAUUCCUGGUUUUCAUCAAAAUUCUAAUAAUUUAAAUGUCAAUGUUAAUCUUAAUAAUAUUAAUCAGGAUAACAAUUCUCAAUGCAAUCUUAUGAGUAAUUUAGCUGCUACGUCGUUCAAUACAUCUAUUACUUUGCAGUCUCAAGAAUCCCAAUCGAUCAAUCGUCAGCAGCAUCAGAGUAAACAAAAUUCCAAUAGUGCCAUACUACCCAAUCAAAAUCAAAUUUCAAGUCAUAAUUCGCAACAAUCUACGUUAAGUUCUACGAGGACAUCGUCUUCACCACCUACGCCGUUGAACUCGACUAUUAUUUUAUCACCCUCGAAAAAAUGUGAAUAUUUAAAAGCUUGUAAGAGAUUGAAGAAGUCGCUUGUUCUGCCAGAUGAAUUUUUUUCGCUUGAUGAAAUUACUUGUUAUUGCAAUUCGUGUUAUAAAGUAGACAGUGAUGGAGCUAUUUGUAAAAAAGGAGAUCCUCCGGCAGAAUUUGCGGUUCCUAUUGGGUGGGUUAGGUUCCCUCUUAAGCAGACAAUCAAUGCUAAUCAAAUUCCUCAGAGUACUACUGAUAAGUGGCAUGUUGCUUACUACGGAACACGUUUGGACUCAAUAAGAUGGAUUCUCGAUCGCGGAGAGUUAUUACCCAUGGAACAAUUGGAUACCAGUAAUUUAACAACAAUUAUCGAUAGUGAAGAUCAAAAUCCACAGGUUGUAUUCUCGCCGAAUAUCAAAUACGUGGCUUCUGAAGGCAUUAAAAAAUAUCCGUACAUUGACACUCAAUCAAAUAAAAAAUUAAAUGCUUCAACGGCGUUUCAAUUACUAGUGAGACCUGGAUCUUACACGAUGGGUUCAGACAAACAGCACGGAGCAGACGGAGUUGAACCUAUGGAAUGGGCUACUAAAGAAGCUGGUGCCACAGUUAUCAUAGCUCUUCUUAUUAAUCUCGAUGAGUUUUAAUCUAUAAUACCAAUAACUAUCUAACUUAUUGAGAUGAUCUAAAUUAAAAAUCUCUUGAUCUUUAAUUAUCGCUGGUAAAGUUAAUCAUCGACACGAUUAAUUGUCACUAUUUUUACACGGCAAUUAAUAAAAAAAAAAUUUGCUUUAUUUUGGUUUCAUAAAAGAUGAUUAUGAACAUACACAUACACUCAAUUGUAAAGUUAAAUUUAAAUAUAUAACCUUGGAUAAGACAACAAUGCAAUUUUGAAAACACAUCUGUGAUUAUUUUGCUAAAAAAUUAUCACUAAAAGUAGGAACAUGAACAAAAAAAAAUAGCAAAGUAAAUAUUUGUAUUUCUUUGAAAAAGAAAUUUUAUUUAUCUUAAUAAUCCAAAAUAUAUAAUAUGUACAUACAUAUAAGUAUACUUUUGAAAAAAAAAAUUAAUAUAAAAAAUCGGUCGAUUAUUAACUUUGUACGUAUUUUUCUGUGAUACUUUUUAUUACAGCGCGGAUAAAUAAUUUAAUUAUAAAAAUAAAAAAUAAAACAAACGCAUUUGCCAAGCGUACUGUGGUCCAUUUAUACGAUAUAAAAUUUUUAUUUAUCAUCGUAUUAAUUAUUAAUCUAUUUUAUUUAUACUUUG